UGCAGUGAUUUGAACGCGCCAGCGAGCGAAAUCAAGUGUAAGCAAAUUACGGCUGAAGUCACUGUGAAGUCCGUGUGUUGUUGCCUCGUGCGCCCGAGGAGCAUGUCCUGUCGUCAAGCUGUAUGAGUUUCAGUCCAUUUUUGGCGCUCGCUGGCAAUGGAUCACGAAACGCGAAUGCCAAACCAAACGGAGCGCGAGCCUUGCACGUAAGGCGAUAAAAAGGACGAAACUAAACACAAAAGCCGUAACAGUUAGCAAGGAUAUGUGCAGGUUAUCCCAUCUCUGCAGUGUCUAAAAAAAGAAUAAUAACAAAAAUAUCGCAAGCCAUCCAUCCUGCCACGCAAGAAAUAUGUAAUAAGGAUGCCUUCGCCUCAGUCGUUGUCCCCGGCGAUGAUGUCAUCCGCGCGUGUGUGCUCCAAAGUGAAAGUGUUGCAGGUCCGACAAUUGCGGCUCCUGACGACCCGUGAGUAAUUAUUUUGGCCAACCUGCGACCCCUUUGGCCCAUUAUCCGCCAAAAGUGAGCGUAAGUGCAAAGCGUAAUUAAUUAAUUAACUAACGAUUGUCCAAAGAAACAAGCUGCCAAGUUUAAGUUAUCCGAAGGAUUACGUCGCCUCACAAAAACAAAAAACGAAUCACAGCGAUUAAAAAAAAGGAUCACAGCCGAAUUAUAUAUAAACUGUUUACAUGUGUAUCAUGGAUAUUUUCAUAUUACUUUGCUGCCUGCUCCAGUUGGCCAGAAAUGCAGCUGCAGUCCUUGGAGUCGGCGAGCUUGAGAGCUCCUCCACCGGCGUGGGUGACACGCUGCCCCGGCAGCCGUCGGCGACCCUCACCCUGACGCCGUCGACGCCGUCGAUAACCCAUUUUGUAAAUGACUCCUUCAUCAUCUUCUGCAAAACAGUACAAAAGGACAUCGACACCAAGUGGCGUGAUCCCAAAGGCCAGCCCCGUGAAAACACCAAGGGUCGCGUCCACAUCGAAAAGAAGACGGGCUUACUCGCCCUGGUCUUCGAGCACAUUUCACUGGACGACAAGGGCAACUGGACCUGCGAAAUGGAUUCGUCUGCAGCACGGGAAGCAAGAAAGUCCUUUGAACUCCUCGUAAAUCAAAAGAUUUCAUUCGACAAGACGGAUCAGGUGCAAUCGGUGCGCGAGGGACGCGAUGCCAUGGUCAACUGCUUUGUUAAGGGCCAGCCCGUGCCGGAAGUCUCCUGGCUGCACAACGGCGAAUAUAUUAACACUGUGAACUCAACGAAGCACAAACGCCUCUCCGACGGGCUGUUCAUCAGGAACGUGAGCCAAUCUGAUGCCGGCGAGUACACAUGUCGCGCCAUGCGAAUCACGCCAACAUUUUCGGACUCUGAUCAAAUAACGAUACUCUUAAGGAUUCAACACAAGCCUCAAUGGUUCUACAACGAAACGCUGCCGGUGCAGUACGCUUAUGUGGGCGGCUCCGUCAACCUGAGCUGCGAUGCGAUGGGCGAGCCGCCGCCAUCGUUUACGUGGCUGCACAAUGGCAAAGGUAUUUUGGGCUUCAAUCAUCGCAUCUUCAUGGCCGACUACGGCGCCACACUGCAGCUGGAUGUACGCAAUGCCAGCCAGUUCGGGGACUACAAAUGCAAGGUGGCCAAUCCGCUGGGCAUGCUGGAGCGGGUCAUCAAGCUGCGGCCCGGCGCCAAGCCAAUCGGACCGACGCGCUUCCAGCUGAAGCGCCUCUUUCCGGACGGCUUCGAGCUGGACCUGCGUACGCCCCGUAUGACCAACGUAUCCGACGAGAUGCAAAUCUAUGGCUAUCGCGUUGCCUACAUGAGCGAAAGCGAUUUCAAAUACAGCGCCGGCAAUUGGAGUCAUGCCAAGCAGCGGGAUUUCUCCUUCCAUCGUGGUCAUCGUUUCAUCAUUCCCCAUCUGGAGGGGAAUACGACCUAUUUGGUGCGCGCCGCCUCACGCAACUUGGCCGGACUCAGCGAUUGGAGCAACGUGAAGAUAUUUGCCACAGCAGCGGCUCCCAACUGGAAUCCGCAAGGAUGGGGCUGUCACGUGCUGCUGGUCUCGGUCUUGGGGCUGGCUUUAUUUUGGCGUUAGAGCUGCGGAUGGAUGAAUUGGCCUCUGAAUGAAGUCUACUGUAGAUUAAGUUAAUGUUGUUAUUGUUGCUAAAUUUUGGUACCUUGUGUUUAUGUGUAUCUUCUGUGAUAGACUUUUUGUGCAAUCCACUUAUCCGAACGGAGAAUGCUUUAUAAUUACUAUGUUCAACCAUUGCCAACCAUUUCGCUGCCAACAUUCUGCUCUUUUAUCAAUGUAGUUUAGUUGCAUUCUUUUUGGAAUAAUCGUUUCAAGGCAAUCCAACGGUAUACAUAUAUACAUAAAUACAUAGUACAUAUGCAUUGUCAACUCUUCGAUAUACUCGUUCAAUGUCAAAGCCUCACUCUACAUCAAUGUUGUUUAUGCGAAACAAACCAUUUAUAGGAUAAGCUAAGAUCUUCCCAACAAAACAAAACCAACUCACUUUGAUGAAUUUUACAAAAGUCCAAAA